UCCGUGCAGCAAUCGGCAGCAGUGCUGUGAUAUCACAUGACGACACUGGGCUUGGCGCUGCGCGCUCUGGAUCCUAGUUGGCGGAUGUGACACUCUGGAGAUCAGGCAGACGACAGAACCUCCUCCAGCAGCGCACAAUGAUUCCGCUCAUUCGCUCUGGACGGAGUUGCGCGUUGCGGACCGGACCAAAUGGUCAGGACUCGACAUAAAACCCCGACGUCUCCGUUAAACAAGGCAACUUAAAACAAAACAACAACAACAACAACAACAACAACAACAACAACAACAACAACAACAACAAAAACAAUUUCGGAGACACCGCCGGUUUUUGUUUUAUAGGAGUGUCUACCUGCGGUGGAUUGAGGAGGAGUUGCUGUUCUGCAACAGGCUCACCUGCAGAGGCAGGACCAUGCGCUCCAAGGCUGCGCUUCCCCGGUUUGCCUCCCUUUUGUGUCUCCUUUUCCUUCCCUCGGUUUUGUCCUCCUCUCCUCGGCGUCAGUGGAUUCUCCAGCGUAUCCCUGUGGUCCUGCCCCAACAGACAGAGGCUCGACCGACGCCGCAGUUUCUGAACGAGGCACGCCUGGACGUUGCUUCCCCCUGCGACCCAGAAUGCCACAAGAAAGCCCCUCGUCCCAGCUACUGGGAUUUGCGGAGCCUUCUGGCCUACGAGACUCUAGACUCUAACGGCCAACUCACUGAGACCGCCAUUGGGAUUUAUGGCUACAACCCCUAUUCCAACACUAGUCCUGCUUACUCCUCUGGUUCCUCUGGUAAGGCAGAGCGGUCACAUGUCAGAAGAAAACGACAGAUAUUUGGACAUGACGGUCGUUUUAGUAUUGCGGGGCAAAACUUCCUGCUUAAGUACCCGUUCUCGGUGGCUGUCAAACUGUCCACUGGAUGUUCUGGUACACUGGUGGGGGAUCGUCAUGUUCUCACAGCUGCUCAUUGUGUUCACGAUGGCAAAAACUAUGUGAAAGGAGCCCAGAGGCUUCGGGUGGGCUUUUUGAAACCAAAGCAACGGGAUGUACAACAUUCACCUAUUUACCUUCCCUCUAACUUUACCAACUACGUAGAGGGAGGCCCAGAUCAGUACUCCCCACCUGCCAAUGACAAAAUGAAGUUCCAGUGGAUCAGAGCCAAGCGCACCCACGUCCCCAAAGGUUGGAUUAAAGGCAAUGCCAAUGACAUCGGGAUGGACUACGACUAUGCUUUGCUGGAGCUGAAAAAGCCUCACAAACGCCGCCACAUGAAGCUAGGGGUCAGCCCCCCAGCUCAGAGACUUCCCGGUCGUCGUGUCCACUUCUCAGGAUUUGACAAUGACCGCCCUGGGCAGCUGGUGUACCGGUUCUGUCGGGCAGGCGAGGAGACGUCGGACUUGUUGUACCAGCACUGCGAUGCUCAGCCUGGGGCCAGCGGCUCUGGAGUCUACGCCCGGAUGUGGGAUGGGCGGCGACGGCGUUGGGAGCGCAAGGUGAUAGGUGUGUUCUCCGGGCACCAGUGGGUGGAGAGUAAAGGGACAUCUCAGGAAUUUAAUGUGGCAGUCAGAAUCACACCUCUUAAAUAUGCACAGAUCUGCUACUGGAUUAAAGGAAACUUUGUGGAUUGCAGAGAGGGGUGAAAGGGAAAAAAAACAGAGAGAGGACAACAGAGGGGUGUAGCUACAAAAAGAACUGUGCCAAUUUCUAGGAAACUUUUCACAUGUUGUGACGUUACAACCACAAAUUCAAGAAUGGUGAAGUUUUAAAAAGGAUU